ACUGCGCCACUGCAUUGCAUUAAUCAAACUCUCGCGAUGUUCCGUUCUCUUCCUUGGCCGUCGUUGACAGAGAGACAAAGGCCAUGUUCAGUACCAGUGCAAAGAUAGUAAAGCCGAAUGGCGAAAAGCCAGAUGAGUUUGAGUCUGGGAUUUCUCAGGCUCUACUUGAGCUGGAGAUGAACUCUGACCUCAAGGCUCAGCUGAGAGAGCUGAACAUCACUGCAGCAAAGGAAAUUGAGGUUGGUGGUAACAGGAAAGCCAUCAUCAUCUUUGUUCCGGUUCCUCAGCUGAAGUCCUUCCAGAAGAUUCAGGUGCGACUGGUGAGGGAGCUGGAAAAGAAGUUCAGCGGGAAGCAUGUGGUCUUCAUUGCACAGAGGAGAAUUCUGCCCAAACCCACCAGAAAAAGCCGCAUUAAGAAUAAGCAGAAGCGUCCCAGAAGCCGCACACUGACGUCGGUCCAUGACGCCAUCUUGGAGGACUUGGUGUUCCCCAGCGAGAUUGUGGGAAAGAGAAUCCGAGUGAAACUGGACAGCAGCAGACUCAUCAAGGUCCACCUGGACAAGGCACAGCAGAACAACGUUGAACACAAAGUGGAAACUUUCUCUGGUGUCUACAAGAAGCUCACUGGCAAAGAAGUCGUCUUUGAAUUCCCUGAAUUCCAGCUGUAAAUGCAGAUGACAAAAUAAAGUUGUAUACUGUUA